CUCGGCCCCCGGAGCCGCCCUCCCCGCGGGAGCCGGGGCGCCCGCCGGGCGAUAACGCCGCAGGGCCGCGGCCGCGGUUGGAGCUGCCGUGCGCCAUGGCCGCGUCCCGCGGAGCGCCCCGGGCCCCCGCCGUCGAGGCGCCGCCGCCCCAGCCGGACGCGCGCACUUUGGACCGCGGCUCGGUGAGCGCAGGGCGAGGGGGGGAGCCGGGGCUGCGCGAGGGAGGUGGCGGGAAGGGGCGCUGGCCCCGGCGUUCAGGCUUCUGAGCCCCCCCAGUAGAGCCGAAAGGCCGAGAUACUCGGGAGCGCCAAAGAGAACAGGGAAACUGAGUCCCAGGCUAUUGAGGUAACUUGCUGCAUUGAGUCAGCUAGGCUGGCAGGACCGGGGCCAGUCUCUGGUCUCCUGAUUCUCAAAUUAGGGCUCUUGCCCGCCACAGUCCAGGUCUUCCCAGAGCUCUCUGGCCCCCCGGGAAGGUAGGACUUCCCGCUGCGUGUGGGGGGCCGCCUCCCCUCCCCAGUCUCCGAGAGCAGCUGGCACCGGGCUCGCUGGAGACUGUCCUCAAGACGACUUCUGGCAAGUAAGCCCCGCAGUGAGGGAGGAGGGCAGGUGGGAAGCCGGGGGUGUCCUCAGGCCGUCCUCACCCCUGCGUGGAUGGGGCCGCGCGCCAGCCGGUCAGGGUGGCUGUGUCCAAGAGGGGGCAGGACCCAGGAGCUUCGUGGGGACAAAGCUCCAUCGCUUGCUCCAUGCUCAACGCGACCGUGGUCUGUGGCUUCACUUCAGCCCCUCAGUUCUCUCCCUUAACUCAGUGCUUCCUGUCAGACACCUCAGAGUAAAGGCCUGUGGCCCCCAAGAAAGAAAGGGAGAUAGGGAGGCCCCCUGGGGACCCUCCUUUCCCAGGGAGAUUUAGAAAUUCAAGAGGAGAUGGAUGGCAGGAGGGAAAGCCAACCUUGUUCAAAGAAGCGCCAGCAUUUAGUUCUCAUAACGACCUUCUCCCGUCUUUCACCCCAUUUUACUUGGGAGGAAAUGAAGCCCAGUCCCGCUGAAGUGCCCUAGAAGUACCUUCUAGUAGGGCUAGAAGUGGCACACAGAAUUUGAAUCCCAGUUAGUCCAAUGCUAAAACUUGUGCUCGGUUAACUGCGAAAGACUUAAGAAGUUCAAGUAGGUGAAACUGCUGUCCACAGGGCUCCAAGAGUAGUUUCAGCCGGAAGUUCUCCUUCAAGCGACUUCUGUGUGCCAGAAGCUUGCUAGGAGGGUUGGGGGGAGGGGGGCAGAGGCACAGGGGGUGCUGUGGGGUUAUCAUACCGGAUUCUGCCUCUUACUAACAAUUUCUGGAAGUUGAAAUAAUGUUCACACAAGCGUCAGAAAAGGAGAUGACAUCCUGCCUCGUGUGUGGUUUUCUUCCGCGGGUAAGGAGAGUGUGCAAAGGAUAUGAUAAACCAUUAUCUGGCAAGAACCUCCCUUCAGAAGUGCCCAUGUGGGGUGUCCUGCAAGAUACUAAAAUGGGUGAAGUCAUAGUCCUCUCCACUCUCCCUCCCAUCCCCAAGCAAAGGAUCAAAAGGAAGGACUCCCAGCAUCUUUUGAAGAAACAGCCUUUUCCCUAGUCUUCAUGACAUUGAUUUCUUCAACAAACGUAUAUAGCAUCGGCUAUAUACCAGACAUGGUGGUGAAUAAAAAUUAUAGCACAUGCUCUCAGAGAGUUUACGUUCUCUUGGAGAGGCAGGAAAUAAAUGAGAAUGUAUUAGGUAUUAGGUACACUAGAGAGAGAAUUGGGUAGUCAGGGAAGGCCUCUGUGAGGAGAUGACAUUCAGGCUUGAAUGGCAAGGAGUCAGCUCUGCAAAGACUGAGAGGAAGAGCCCUCUAAACAGAAGCAACAGAAAGUGCAAAGGCCCUGAGGCAGCAACGGGCAUGUUGGUAUUGAGGCAUAGCAAGGAAGGUACCAAGGUUGAGGAGAGCUGUCUGAAGUGAGGUGGGAAAGGGGCUGGGGUCUGUUUGGGUGGGCUCCUGUAGGCUAGAUGGGAAGGACUUGGAAUUGUAUUCAAACUGCAGUGGCAAGCUGCAGUUGGAGAGUUUUAAGCAGAGAUGAGACAGGAUAAAAUUUGUGUUAUAAAAAGAUCACCUUGGCUGCUGGAUAGAGUGUGGACAGUGGGGAAUGAGCAGAAGCUGGGAAGCCACUUAGGAGGCCACUGAUAGAUUUGGUGAGGGAAUUGGAAAAGAGAAAUCAAGGUUUGUGGCCUGAGCUGCUGAGUGGACAUUGGAUAUUGGGGCCAUUUAAUGCAAUAGGGACAAUAGGGUUAGGAGUUGGUUUAGACAAUGGAUGGAAAUCAGCAGCUGUGUUUUGACCAUGCUAAGCUGAAAUGCCUGGUAGGCAACCAUGUGGGUCUGUUAGUAGGCAGUCGAAUAUUCCAGUCUGGAGUUCACUGGAUAGCUUAGGGCUUAUGAGAUAUGUAUCUGUCUCACGCACACGCACACGCACACAUGCACUCACAUGCACACACACACCACUUGGAAUCAUGAACAUUACUUUAUUUCAGUGGUGGGCUAGUAAACAGUCUCCCCAGGAAAAUAAAGAAAGCAACUCUGAUUUGUAGUGUUUGCUGAUUCCUGUGGUAUAAAUUCACCACAGCUGAUUUCAGGCUGCCAGUGGUUCGAGGACUGGCCAAGGUCCUGGACAUUUAACCAUCAGCUCCUGCAGCAAAUAACACUCAGCUUCAUCAAGACACCUCUUGAAAUUGGCAGGAAUACUGUGUUUGACACAGAAGGCUUCAGGAGAUACAGUGCUUUAUUCAACGUCACACCAGGAGUUGGUAGCAAAGUUGGGAGCCUCCUGACCCCCCAGUUCACUCUGGCUUGCUGACUCAAGAGAACAAAGCAGACUGCAGGAGGAAGCACUAAGAGGGGAAAAGGAAGAACUUGUCCCGUGGAAUGUGGGAUCUUUGAGAGGUCAUAGCUUAGGAUUUUUUCCCCCUCUCUGUCUCACUUCCCUUUACGAUGAUCUAGGGCAAAUGAGGACUGAGAGGUUUCUGGAGGAGCCCUCAAGACAAAGGGACCUCAGGAUGCUUAUGGAGGCUCAGGAGGGUACGGGCGACUGUUGUGUAUCUGCGCAGGCUGGGGGCUUAGCUCCUGUGUUCCCCCCCCAGGACAGCAGAGCCGGUCAGCUCUCAUUCUGUACCAAGGUGUGCUAUGGCAUUGGUGGGAUCCCCAACCAGGUGGCCUCCAGCGCCACAGCCUUUUACCUGCAACUGUUCCUGCUUGAUGUGGCACAGAUCCCUGCUGCCCAGGUGUCACUUGUCCUAUUUGGAGGGAAGGUGUCUGGGGCAGCUGCCGACCCUGUGGCUGGGUUCUUCAUCAACAGAAGCAGGAGGACAGGGUCUGGACGCCUCAUGCCCUGGGUGCUGGGCUGCACGCCCUUCAUCACCGUGGCCUACUUCCUCCUGUGGUUCCUGCCCCCCUUCACCAGCCUGCGGGGCCUCUGGUACACCGGCUGCUACUGCCUGUUCCAGGCCCUGGCCACGUUCUUCCAGGUGCCCUACGCGGCGCUCACCAUGCUCCUGACCCCGUGCCCGAGGGAGCGGGACUCGGCCACCGCGUACCGGAUGACCAUGGAGAUGGCGGGGACGCUGAUGGGAGCCGCCGUCCACGGGCUCAUCGUGUCGGGCGCCCACGGGCCGCACAGGUGCGAGGACGUCGCGCUCGCCGGGUCGGCCGUCGUCUCCCCCGACGCGACUCGUCUCUACUCCAUUGCAGCCGCCGUGCUUGCUCUGACUUACCCUGUGUGCACUAGUUUGCUCUGCCUCGGGGUGAAGGAGCGACCAGACUCCUCCGGCCCAGCCUCAGGCCAAGGCCUGAACUUCCUGGCUGGGCUGGGCCUCACUGUCCGGCACCGGCCCUACCUGAAGCUGGUGAUCUCCUUCCUGUUCAUCUCAGCAGCCAUUCAGGUGGAGCAGAGCUACCUGGUCCUGUUCUGUACACACGCCUCCCGGCUCCAUGAUCACGUCCAGGGCGUGGUGCUGACCAUCCUGGUCUCAGCUGUGCUGAGCACCCCACUGUGGGAGUGGGUUCUACAGCGAUUUGGGAAGAAGACAUCAGCCUUCGGGAUCUGUGUGAUGGUGCCUUUUGCAAUUCUGUUGGCUGCUGUACCCACAGCACCUGUGGCAUAUGUGGUGGCCUUUGUGUCUGGCCUGAGCAUUGCUGUGUCCUUGCUGCUACCCUGGUCCAUGCUUCCAGAUGUGGUGGAUGCCUUCCAGCAGCAGCAUCAGCAUGGCCCGGGCCUGGAGACCAUCUUCUAUUCAUCCUAUGUCUUCUUCACCAAGCUUUCUGGCGCAGGCUCCCUGGGCAUCUCCACUCUCAGUCUGGAGUUUGCGGGCUACGAGGCAGGAGCCUGCACGCAGGCGGAGCGGGUGGUGGUGACCCUCAAGGUCCUCAUCGGGGCCGUGCCCACCUGCAUGAUCAUCACCGGUCUGUGCAUCCUCAUGGUGGGCCCCGCACCAAAGGUGCCGAGCCAGGACCCCUCCCGCCGGCAGAGCCUUCAGAGGAGGACCAGCUACAGCCUCGCUUGA